AUGGUUCUUACUCAAGAUCUUCUCAACCCUUCUCCUCAGUCUGAGGCCCGAAAGCACAAGCUCAAGACUCUUGUCCCCCAGCCUCGAUCCUUCUUCAUGGACGUCAAGUGCCCCGGUUGCAUCAACAUCACUACUGUCUUUUCUCACGCUCAGACCGUUGUGACCUGCGGCUCUUGCUCCACUGUCCUUUGCCAGCCCACCGGCGGUAAGGCCCGACUCACUGAGGGCUGCUCUUUCCGACGAAAGUAA